AUGCGGCGGGCGAGCCGAACGGCGGCGGCCAGGCUGCGCGGGCACAAGCGGCCCGGGGCCUCCGGGACCCCGGAGGCCGUCGCUGCGGCCUCCGGCGCUAGCCGCGCUCGGCGCUCGGCCGGCCAGGCCGGGGACGGGGUCCGGGCCGCGGCGCGGGGGCCGUCGGCGAGGCAGCAGCCGAGGCACUCGUCGCCGCGAGCCCAGGAGGCGGGCCAGGGGGAGCCUCCGCCGGCGCCCCCCACGUCGUCGGUGUCCGCGCUGGACCUGGGCGAGCAGCGGGAGCGCUGGGAGACGUUCCAGAGGCGGCAGAGGCUCAGCUUCGAGGGCGCCGCCAAGCUGCUGCUGGACACCUUUGAAUACCAGGGCCUGGUGAAGCACACAGGAGGCUGUCACUGUGGAGCGGUUCGUUUUGAAGUUUGGGCCUCAGCGGACUUGCACGUCUUUGACUGCAACUGCAGCAUUUGCAAGAAGAAGCAGAAUAGACACUUCAUUGUUCCAGCUUCUCGCUUCAAGCUCCUGAAGGGAGCCGAGAGCAUAACAACCUAUACAUUCAACACACACAAAGCCCAGCACACCUUCUGUAAGAGAUGUGGUGUUCAGAGCUUCUAUACUCCGCGCUCAAACCCCGGAGGCUUUGGAAUUGCCCCACACUGCCUGGAUGAGGGCACUGUGCGGAGUGUGGUUACUGAGGACUUCAACGGCAGCGAUUGGGAAAAGGCCAUGAAGGAGCACAAGACCAUUAAGAACAUGUCUAAAGAGUGAGCUACUGCUUCUCGCUUCCUGAGAGCUGUUCCUGCCGCACCUUGGUGGUGCUCCUGAGUGGGGCUGUUGGCCCUGUUGGCCGGCGGCCACCGUGACCUCUGCAGUUUGUCCAGCUACCAGUUUCUUUAGGCAGCUCUCUGUCCUUCCUUAGCCCAAUUUUUGAUGUAGGCUAGUUGGCAUUCUUCCUUCUCUUCCCAACUUUUGUGUGAUCUUUUAGGAAAAAAAAAUAAAUAUUUUUAACAUUAAA